UCGUCUCCCACAUUAUCUGCACCACAGCACUUCUCUGCCUCCGCCAGUUUCGUUUCUCAAACCCUCUCGUUCCCUGCGUACACACGUAUCUUGAUUCUCUUAUGCAAUGCGCUUAACCAUAUCCGCAUAUAACUCGUCGUCUCUCGAAUCGCGUCCAAUUUUCGCGGUGGUUUCUAGUUUUUUGUGUUAAAUUUAAUUUUUCGACUUCUCAUUCUGGAAAUUGAUUUUCAAGGGGGACGUGAUCGGCCAGGGGAUUCGAGAUAUAUCAGAUUUAAGCUUUUGUUAGUGUUAUUUCUGUUUAGUUAAGAAGUCCGAAGGAAUUUUAUUGUUCCUUGAUUAAUUUUAAAAUUUGUGUGGGGAAUACGUGUUGUUGAUCGGUUCCUUUAUUACACGAAUAUAGUAGUUUUUGAGAAUUGAAUUUCAGGAGUAAUUUGAAAUUGGUGUGUUGGUGUUGUUGAUUUGGUUGAGUUCCGUUUUCCGAUAUUAGAUUAGGAUUUUUUCCAUUUUCUUAGUGGAAGAUGGUUGGUGGUGGGAAUAGGAGAGAUGAAGGAUCGUUUACUGUUACUAAUAGCAAUGUUUUUGCGGCUCUGGAUACUUUAAGGAAGAAAAAGAAAUCCGACAAAGAUAAGGGUUCUUCGAAAAGCGGGAAGAGCACAUCCAAAGCUGGUUCUGGGAAAUCUAAGGAAGCCGAGGAGGAGAAAAAGGUUUUUUGGGCUCCUACACCUUUGACUGUGAAGUCGUGGGCGGAUGUGGAUGAUGAGGAUGAUGAUGAUUACUAUGCCACCACUGCUCCUCCGCAGGCUAUAUGGGGUUUGAACAAAGGCGGAGAGAGUGAUAAGCAUGAUCAAGAUCCUGUGGAGGAAAGUGAAAGUGAAGACGAUCUCCUUCUUGAUGAAGGCGAUGAUGACGUAGAAGAGGAACAUGAUCAAGAACCUGAAGUCCAAGAACCACUGCCCGAACCAACUGUGAAAAAGCCGGCAGAACCUUCCCCAGCUCCCAAAGAGCCGGAAAAACCACUUUCCAAGAGUGAGAGACGAAAAAAGGAUCUUGCUGAGUUCCAUGCCAUCUUAGCCGAUUAUGGAGCCAACCAACCAACCGAAAAAACUGAGGAUGGCCCAUCCGGUACUGCCAAUGACAAGAAAGAGGGACAACCAAACGGAGAGACAGGUAAAAAAGAAAACACCCCAACUGAAUCCAAAAAUUCGAAGAAGAAGAAAAAGAAGGAUAAGGAAAAGGAGAAGGCAAAGGAGCCUCAAGAGCAGUCGAGCAGCGCCCCCAAUGGACAAGAACAAACUGUACAGGUAGAGGAAAACAAUCCAACAGUCGAUGUUAAAGAAAAGCUCAAGAAAGUGGCCGCUGCCAAGAAAAAGAAAUCCAAUAAAGAAAUGGACGCCGCAGCCAAAGCCGCUGCACAGGAGGCUGCUGCCCGACGCGCUAAGCUCGCGGCUGCUGCUAAGAAGAAAGAGAAGACUCAUUACAACCAGCAGCCGAUCCGGUAAGCCGAUCAACUUUUUACUACUGCAUACUCUUAUAUGUAUGAGAAAGUUUCGACAAAAUGUGACUGUUGUUGAGCAUGUUUUUUGGGCGUCGAAAACUUCGGUUCCGGGCUACUUAUUAAA